ACAUGGCAGACGCAGAAUACAAAGAAGCUUUUGCUCUUUUCGAUAAAAAAGGUACAGGUCAUAUCGCAAGAGAAUCUUUAGGUGACCUUUUACGUGCACUAGGUCAAAAUCCAACUCAAGCAGAAGUGGCAGAAUUGGCGGCAAGUGCACCAAAAGAUAUCGAUUUUCAAUCUUUCUUGAACAUCCUUCAUAGACCAAAUGGUUUCAAACCUGCAGGUACUGCUGAGGAAUUCGUUCGCGGAUUCCAAGUGUUUGACAAAGAAGGAAAUGGAUUCAUCGGUGCAGGUGAAUUGCGUUACGUUUUAACCAGCUUAGGAGAAAAGCUGAGCGAUGAAGAAGUUGACGAAUUAAUGAAAGGUGUUCAAGUCGGAAGUGAUGGAAAUGUUAAUUACGAAUCUUUCGUUCGUCAAAUUUUGGCUCAAUAAAUCAAAAGACUUAACAGCUAAUCUCUUUUUUUUUAUCCGUUUCAAGCGCUUCUUUUUCUUCGUCGCUCGCUGUACAAACGUCUUUGUUUCGAUCUUGUAUACUUAUUCGGCGUCUAUAAUCAUUUCGCCAUGCAAUGAAAUAGGCGCUCAGGUCGCCAUUCAUCGUCUUUCUGGAAGCAAUCCUUAUCUCAAAGAUUGUCACAUUCCAAAUAUUGUAUUGCAUUGGUUCUACAGAGUUAAAGUAUGAGAUAAAGCACAUUCAU